GGAAAGGCUAAGCACAUGAGAGCCAGUGCUGCGCCAACGUCCUCGGCUAUGCGUUGCAUUUGUAGCGCCGAAUAGGAAGUGAAAUCACGUUACGAUGAGGAAGAUGCCGGAAUAUCGCGGUGUUUCCCCACUGCGGCCCUGCUCUCCUUCUAGCUGCUGAAGGAACGCAGCAUAAUUACAGUGUGUUCAUAAUGAGUUAUGCUGAAAAGCCGGAGGACAUAACAAAAGAGGAGUGGAUGGAAAAACUCAAUAAUGUACACAUACAGCGAGCUGACAUGAAUCGACUCAUCAUGAACUAUUUGGUAACAGAAGGGUUUAAGGAAGCUGCGGAGAAGUUCAGAAUGGAAUCGGGUAUCGAGCCUAGUGUGGACCUUGAUUCGUUGGAUGAGAGGAUAAAGAUCCGAGAAAUGAUUUUAAAAGGGCAGAUUCAAGAAGCCAUUGCACUGAUUAACAGUCUUCACCCAGAACUUCUGGACAGUAAUCGUUAUCUGUACUUCCAUCUGCAGCAGCAGCACCUGAUCGAGCUAAUCCGACUGAGAGAGACAGAGGCAGCGCUGGAGUUUGCACAGACACAGCUGGCGGAGCAGGGCGAGGAGAGUCGCGAGUGUCUGACAGAGAUGGAGCGCACAUUGGCCCUGCUGGCAUUUGACAACCCAGAGGAUUCACCCUUUGGCGACUUGCUGAACAUGAUGCAGCGUCAGAAGGUUUGGAGUGAGGUCAACCAAGCUGUGCUAGAUUAUGAAAACAGAGAGUCAACACCAAAACUUGCAAAGCUGCUGAAAUUGUUACUGUGGGCUCAGAAUGAACUUGACCAAAAGAAAGUGAAAUAUCCCAAAAUGACUGACCUCAGCAAGGGUACAAUUGAAGAUCCAAAAUAAUUGUGCAAAUAGUAUAACUGCACUGUGGGAACAACAAGGACAUUGAAGAUAUUUCUUGCUAUUUAUAAACAGUCAGUGACUGAACCAUAUAUAUAUAUAUAUAUAAAGACGUUUUGUUAAGAAGUCGGUUGUGCCAACUGGAUGAAUUCUUAACUGACACACCGAUACCCCUAAAUAUUUGCAUUUUUAACACUGUUCCAAAAAGUACACUUAAUGUUUUAUUACUUUAAAAGAACUUACACAAUUAUAAAUCACUUUAUCUAUUUAUUGGUUAACAGUUGGUGUUAGUCACUACAUUUUUCACAUGGAAGUAUAUGGUGAAGUCAUUUGCAUUCACUAAAGUACUUUAUACCUAAAUUAGGUCUUUCUGAAGGUUCCGUUGAUCUACCGCGCAUAAAUGUGUUGUGCAAUUCAUAAAUAGAAGUAGCCUACCAGCUUUGGGCAGAAGUGGCACAGAGUGGCCAUUUCAAAUGUGUGAAGCAAAUACCAUCAAUUUACAUGAGAUGUUUGUUUCUGCUGAACAUAAGCAUGCAGUCAAUUUUUUUUUUUUUUUUUUUUUUUUUUUGUAAUGUUUGUUACAAAGGGUACAAUUAAACAGCUUAUACCAUGUAAGUGUUUGUUGUCAAUGUAUUAUGUAUCAUACUUUUUCUACUGAGGUUUACUGAAUCUGUCAUAGGUUACAUUGUAUAGCCACCCAAUAAUGUGAUUAUAGUGAAUAAAAUAUGAAAGUCAGUGGUGAAAGUUAUUGUUGAAUAUUUACUGGUAUUAAAUAAAUUAUUCUUUUUGGACAAAUGUGUGAACAUAUGUUGGCUCAUUUAC